UCAAACAUUAGCACAUACAUAGGACAACUCCAUCAAAAUUCGUCAGUAAAAACAUUCCGGCAGCAAGCAACACGUUGUGUGCUCAUGAAUACAAUUAAUUAACAGCAUUUAGUGCGCGCAGACAGAAAACGCAGCGGACAUACACAAUUGCGUCGCCGCCGGUUUAAACAGUUUUUGUUGGUUGUAAUUUUCGCUGUGCCUUCGCUUACAGUUUUGACGCUGAUUUUCGAUUGCUAAAUUUCCAUACGAGACACCAUUUUUCCAUUUCGCCUUGCCUCGCCAUAACGCUUAUCUGCUGCUGCUGUCACUCAACAUAAUAUCGAUCUGGCCAGUCAGUAAACUGUAUGAUAAAGAUAGCUGUGCUGCUCUUUUGACGAGUGUUGGCUAAAAUUACACGUUUCACAACACCUAGACACUUACUAAACACUAAACUCGUCUCUGUCACACACGCGCACUUUGGAACGUCAAUCGUUUUGUCCGCUGUUAGUCAUCGUGUCGGUCUCACUCACAUCCGCUCGGCGCUUUGAGCACCAAAAAAUAUCGCAGCCGUAGUUGUCGUCGGGGCGCCGUUCUACUCGCAGUGCUGCAAUAUUUCUAGACUGUAACCUCGGAGAAAAGCUGAGCAGAAAAUAGCCAGAACACAGUGAAAAUAUAAAGCCUACCGCAGCUUUUGUGUUUCGUUUGGUUUUUCUAUAGCAUUUUCAAUAAUUUACAAUCAAUUUCUCGUUUCGUGUAAAUCGACAAAGAACAAAAAGUAAUCGAAAAGCAAAAAAGAAACGUACAACAAUACACACUCACCAACACAAACACCACACACACAAGAAAAUCAAAUUUCAAUCAGAAAAUGGCGUUAAAAAGAAUCAAUAAGGAACUGCAAGAUCUGGGCAGAGAUCCACCUGCACAAUGUUCAGCUGGACCAGUUGGAGAUGAUUUAUUUCACUGGCAAGCUACAAUAAUGGGCCCGCCGGACAGCCCUUACCAAGGAGGUGUAUUUUUCUUAACUAUACAUUUUCCAACAGACUAUCCUUUUAAGCCACCGAAAGUGGCCUUUACAACACGCAUAUACCAUCCAAACAUUAACAGCAAUGGAUCUAUUUGCCUCGAUAUAUUAAGAUCUCAGUGGUCGCCAGCAUUAACUAUUUCAAAAGUCUUAUUAUCAAUUUGCUCUCUACUCUGUGAUCCCAAUCCAGAUGAUCCGCUUGUUCCAGAGAUUGCCAGAAUAUAUAAAACCGAUCGGGAAAAAUACAAUGAGCUGGCACGGGAGUGGACUAGAAAGUAUGCUAUGUGAUGCGUUCCAGAUUGCAGCAACAACAGUCCAACAAUAACAACAACAA